AUGAAGAAAGACCUUCAGGAACUGGUACGACUCCUCCAAGAAGCCAUGCAUGCCACUGUGGAAGACGAAGCCGCCGCGUGUGCAGAUCAGCUCCGGUACGGCCGCUUCAAGGAUACUUUUACUGUUAGCAAGUGCAACACAAAUCAAAAGAAGUGCAGUUUGUGUGAACGUCUGCGCCUGCAGUUCAACAUUAUUGUUGAAGGAGACAGCGCUGUUACAACAACGUCGUUGAAGAACGAGGAGUAUGAUUUCCGUGCGAAGUACAAGGCUAUUCGCAUCAAGGAAGCUGCAACGGGGAACUACUCCGAAAUCCUUAUCGACUAUCCCGUCUACUGGGAUGACAUGGUUGUAGCGUUUGGGGACAUGCGAGGAUUGAGCGACGUCAAGUUUGGAGAUGAUGUUCCCUUCCCAAUCAGACCAGCGCAAGGCGGUGGAUGA